UCGUAUCAUCAUCAUUACGCUACGCCUUGCUCGACUUCAUCUGGGUAUCACCGCCGAUAACACAUCCUCAAGAGUCAUCAAUAUGGUCAAAGUCCUCAUCAUCAUGGCCGACUACGGCCAUGAUCCCACAGAGGUUGCAGUCCCCUACCAGGCCUUUCAAGAUGCAGGAUUCGACGUAAACUUUGCAACCGAAACGGGUUCAACGCCCCGCUGCGAUGCCCGGAUGCUCGAGGGCCUCUCCCAGAAGCUUCUUGGCGCCACGGCCUCCACGAAAAAGCUAUAUGAUGUUAUGGUCAAAUCCGCCGAAAUGCAGGACCCCUUGUCCUGGACUUCUCCGGGCUUUACACUCGAUGAUUUCGACAUUGUGCAUAUUCCUGGCGGUCACGACAAGGAAGUCAGGCAGCUCAUGGACUCGACCACUGCACAAGAGCUACUGGCCGACUACUUUCCCCAGACCAAAAAGCCGGGCAAGAAGAUUGUCUCGGCUAUCUGCCACGGCCCGCUGGUUCUAUGCAACACCAAGGGUCAAGACGGCAACAGUGUCCUGUACCAUUGCACGACGACGGCUCUGCCCGGAUGCUUCGAGUCGCUGGCGUACCAGGGAACCAGGCUAUUUCUGGGCGAUUACUACAAGACGUAUGGUGCGGGCACGGAGAACGUCGAGGACUCGAUGCGCAAAGCGGUGAAAGAUCCUAGUCAGUUCAAGAGCAGCUGGGUGCCCAACCGACCCUUCGUCGUGGAAGACACAGAGUACAACUACAUCAGCGCGCGCUUUCCACCCGAUGCGGCAAAACUAGCCGAAAUGACUGUCAACCUUGCCCAUCUCGUCCACGUUCAAGGCUUCAAGGGUCAAGACCCGACUACGGCAUAACAUGCCGAAUAGGCACUAAGCUUUUAAGCUUGUCGUCUACGUGGCAUCCUUCUCGCACCCGUCGUCAUCAGUAGCUCUGGAAACGCGCAUUACAGUUGCAGCCAGGAGAUGAGACUCGUUCGAUGGUUUCGUUUUGUGAAUCAGCUUGUGUACUAUAGGGAUCUUGAUGCGACAGGCCCGUUGAGCACAAGUUCCCAGUUUGAAUGACAUCAAUGUCG